GAGCGCGAGCCGGGGCUCGAGGAGGGAGCGCGCGAGACAAGCCGAGCCGAGCGAAGCGGAGCAGAGCAGGGAGGUGUUCAGGAGAGGCAGGCAGAGCCCGGCCGGCCGCCUGCGGCUCCGCACCGAUCGUGCUGCGUCGCCGGGCUCCGCGUACCCCCGCCUCUGCCCAGGCUCCAGCAAAACUUUUAUUCUCUGGGGCCUCCUGGGGUGUCUGAAGGACUCCAAGCGCUCGGCCCGCUCUGCGCUCCCCUGCAGCUGCGACCAAGGGGACGUGCAUCCCUUGCCCGCCAGGCUCUCGCGCCCCGCGCCUCCUUACCUGCUGAACGCUCCCCGAAGCGGCCAGGGGGCACCCGCGGAGGAGCCGAAAGGGCGCCAGCGCCUCUAAACUCUCCCGCCCACCUCGGCCGACCCGCCCGGCGCAACUUUAUCUUGAUUCCUCUCUUCUAGCCCGGCACCCGCAACUGCUGCUGCCACCGCCACUGUCUUGGCCGCCGCCGCCUCACAAAGGGGCGUAGGGAGGGGAGGCGGCGCGAGCGGCCGACAAGGCUCCGGUGCGCAGGGCGCGGGCCUCUGGGCCGCUGAGGCCCGGAGACAAAAGGGAAACUGCCUCUGUUCGCCGUGCGGGCUUAGAGCUGCCUGCUCGUCCGCCUCCCGGCAGGUUCCGCGAACCUCCUCCCCCUCCACCCUCGGCUGCUGCUCCGCCUCUCUCCGCGCGGGCCGUCCCCGCAGUGCUCCGGGACCCGGCGAGCCUUCGGGGCGCGCGUCGCUGCUGGUGGUUGGGGCUCUAGCGAUAAUAAAUGAUAGAGGAUACAAUGACUUUGCUGUCUCUCUUGGGUCGCAUCAUGCGCUACUUCUUGCUGAGACCCGAGACGCUCUUCCUGCUGUGCAUCAGCUUGGCGCUGUGGAGUUACUUCUUCCACACGGACGAGGUGAAGACCAUCGUCAAGUCCAGCCGGGACGCCGUGAAGAUGGUGAAGGGCAAGGUGGCUGAAAUCAUGCAGAACGAUCGGCUCGGGGGGCUCGACGUGCUGGAGGCGGAGUUUUCCAAGACCUGGGAGUUCAAGAGCCACAAUGUGGCCGUGUAUUCCAUCCAGGGCCGGAGAGACCACAUGGAGGACCGCUUCGAAGUUCUUACGGACCUAGCCAACAAGACACAUCCGUCCAUCUUCGGGAUCUUCGACGGCCACGGAGGCGAGACAGCAGCUGAAUAUGUAAAAUCUCGACUCCCAGAGGCCCUUAAACAGCAUCUUCAAGACUACGAGAAAGACAAAGAAAAUAGUGUACUGUCUUACCAGACCAUCCUUGAACAGCAGAUUCUAUCCAUUGACCGAGAAAUGCUAGAAAAAUUGACGGUAUCCUAUGAUGAAGCAGGCACAACGUGUUUGAUUGCUCUGCUGUCAGAUAAAGACCUCACCGUGGCCAACGUGGGUGACUCGCGGGGGGUCCUGUGUGACAAGGAUGGGAACGCCAUUCCUUUGUCUCAUGAUCACAAGCCGUACCAACUAAAGGAAAGGAAGAGGAUAAAGAGAGCUGGUGGUUUCAUCAGUUUCAACGGCUCCUGGAGGGUCCAGGGAAUCCUGGCCAUGUCACGAUCCCUGGGGGACUAUCCGCUGAAAAAUCUCAACGUGGUCAUCCCAGACCCAGAUAUCCUGACCUUUGACCUGGACAAGCUCCAGCCCGAGUUCAUGAUCUUGGCAUCAGAUGGCCUCUGGGAUGCCUUCAGCAACGAAGAAGCUGUUCGAUUCAUCAAAGACCGCUUGGAUGAACCUCACUUUGGAGCCAAGAGCAUAGUGUUACAGUCAUUUUACAGAGGCUGCCCUGACAAUAUAACAGUCAUGGUGGUGAAGUUCAGGAAUAGCAGCAAAACAGAAGAGCAGUGAACCCUUCGGGGUCUCAGCUGCCUUAGACUAAAGGACUUUAAACACCCUGGUCUCUUUUAAUGUAGUGAGAGGUGUGGGAGUUACAGUUAGGAUCAUCCACCCAGACAUGGGAUGCCCCCUCCCUGGCCAUCUUAAGUCUAUGUCCCGCGAUGAAGAGGGUGCUUUUGGCCAAUGUAGUUGAGAGGCUGGAAAAUGGUUUCUUCGUGUUUUCCCAUUUUUUCAUCCAAUGUUCAAAGUAUAUAAAUAUAUAGCUGUAGAUUCACAUGUGUGAAGUGAGCGGCAUGUGUGCCAUAUAUACUCCUUUUCAGAUUGUUUUCAAGAUCCCUCACGGGGCCCUCCAGGCAUCAGGCUUUGUGUCCUCUUGUUGGAGCGGGAAGCAGGGCGCAGGGAGCCAGGGCCGAGUGGCCACACCCUUUGCUGAGAGACAGAACGGUCCUGAGAAUGCUCUGUCCUCCUGAGCCCAGGUUUUCUGCUCUGCAGCAGUCCAGAAAUAGAUUUGGAAAUGGUUUAUUAUUAUUCUGUGGCUGCUCUUGGAGGCUGAGGAAGUGGGGAGGAUGAGAGUUGCCUGCACAGCGGAAAUAACCUCUCACCCUCGCUCCCCUUAUUAGUUAAACAGACUUUGUGUACCACCCGGCCAGUCUUUGUGUGUUUAUCCUAAUCGUGCAUGACCUUAACCUUUUGCUUACACCUUACUGUAUGUGAUAGGCAGCUGUUAAACUUCACCCCCAGACACAAUUUUUUACUUUACCAAGAAGUGACAAAAGCAAAUCGCAAUACCAUAAUUCCUUCCAUCUCUAAGGGUAGAUAGAGGAAAAUAAUGGCCGAGUAAGUCACGGUGCCCCUGGGGAAGUCUGCCGCCUGCAUUGGGAGAGACAGCUGGUGAGGUCGCCAUCCUGAAUUGAGCUCCAGCUGCCUGGUUUGGGGCAUUUUUUUUCUCUCCUAUAAUGCGUGCUCUCAAGUGUCUUUCAAUCAGUGUUCUGAGAAGCAGCGGCCUAGAACUGUGUGUGCGUUCCUUGAAGCCAAGUACAGCUCCCAGCUGCGCCUUGGAACUUGGUGGUGAACCGCUGGGCUGUGCUUCUGCUUGACGGUGCAGAGGCCUCCGUCUUUAACAUUUGAUUGCAAGUCAUUGAGUUGUUGUGGAGCCAGACUUGCUACUUUCCAUUUCGUAUCACCAAAGUCACGUUUCCAAUCUCAGUAUUUUAUAAUCACUAGGUCAUCCGGUGUCCCUAAUUGAGGUGGCUCAAACAGUCAAACAAGAUUUUCAUUGCAUCUCCACCUCUGUGUGUCCAAAAUGCCAGGGUGUCCACCUGGUUUUGUCCUUCCAGCGUGGGCAUUUGUCAUCAUAGCUUCUCAAAGGCCCCACUCACUGGCCACCUCCUGCCCGUGGUGCCGCUGCACCCCCCACUUCGUCCGCUGCGGAGCUGUCCUGAAGCAAGUUCUAGGAGUGAACUUAGGAGGGUGAAGAGAUCCCCUUGCGGCUGCCAAGGACCAUAAUCUGUCUGAAUUCCCCCAAGUAUAUAACCUUUCUUUGACUGAAAGAAUUCAGUCAUGAAUUCCCAAGAGAUUUGCUUACUUUUUGUAAAUUGUAACAUUAGCAUUUUCAAUAUUAGAAUUAGAACCUAGGUUUUUUGUGUUUUUAGCUGUAGCACAUCUAGCACAAAAUACUUGCCCCCAUGUUAGAUGGGAGUAUCCGCCUACUGAGAGACACAAUAUUUGGAUGUGUGUAUUUGAGGUGGGGGUUGGGAGACGAAUGUAGGAUUCAUGCUGGGUGUGAUUGAUGUUGGACAGUCAGGCCAGGUGGCCCGAAAUUUGCUUGGUGAUUGAGGACAGUCUGAUUCUGGAGAGUUACCAAAGCCCACAUCUAACUGGAGUCGAGGAAUAAGCAGUGUCUUCGUUUCAUGGUACACAGUCCACUUUCCUUUUAUUUAAACUUAACCCAAAAUUCAGAAUAGCAAGGGAAAGACAUUUUUUAAUUCUGUGAUCAUUGUUAUUGUCUAAAAUGAAAAUGGUAGUGUUUUGGUGCUUCUAAACUUUGCUUUGUAGAAUUAAUUUAUUUCUGAUUUUAACCAAGUAGUGUGUAUAUUUUCUACUCCCUUUCUGCCUCUUUUUCUCCCACUUUGGCUUGUAGAUUUUUUAAAAAUAGAAGUUCUAAGCUAAAUAAUAGUUGGAUUAAUAGUUAUGUCUGAAAUCAAAGUACUUCGUUACCUUCUCUCAUCCUCCUGGAGUUCUGUCUCCCCAAGCCUCCUCCAGCCCCUGGGGGUCUGCAGACAGCACCCCGGGGUGCCCUGUGGCUCACCGGCCACUUUCUAGGGACAGGGAAGGUUGAGUCUAGUUAGAGAAAUUGAUUUGAGAAGUUUGCAUGUGACGCUUCCCUAAACAGCACUGCCAAAGCUUUGGAACUGUCACCCGAGGCUGCCAGACUCCCUAGCCCGAGUUCGCAUUGCCAAUAGCCCUCAUGGUGCCAAAUUUUGGAACAGUUUUACAGCCUUUUAGAAAUGAAGCUGGGAACGAAUGAUCACGUGCUUAUGAGCUCUUAGCAUGAUGCCAAGCCCAGGUCUUCAUUAAUGCACUGUCCUCCUGCUCCUCCACCAGCAUUCAUACUUUUAAAAUGGGUUGAGAUGCGGUGGGCAUGAGGUGGAGGAUGGAGAAGGCAGGGAAAUUUUUUCUUAAUUCGUUGUAUUUGCAAUUCUCUAAUCAAAGGAAUAAACAAUACUUAUAUGGAAAACUUCAAAGCUAGUUCCCAAGACCGGCAUUUAUUUCGCAUGACCAACUGGCCCGAGGCAUGUAACUGUGAGGUCACGGUCCUAAUACAACAUGACUGUACUCAUUACUGGUAACCAGUGGCCACAUUCUGUUCCUUGCCUUGGAUGGAAGUGGUUGACCUCUAGAAUCUUGUCCAUGAUAAGGGUAUUACAGAGAGUAUUUUAGAGAGUAAAGGAGCACAUGCAAUCUGGAUCAUUUAAAAUAGCUCUUGUUUCACAUAACUGUUAUGAUUUCAACCCAUGAACAUUUUGUGCAGACAGGAUUGUGUGUGUGAUGGCAUCACCAGUCCUAUCUGAAGUGAUUCUAGGAAGCUGAUUACACAAUUGAAUUGGAUCAUGGGGAUAUCUGGCAAUACAUGAGGGAUUCACAGAGGGAGAGCUCACUUUUUCUUGGCCAGAUAUGCCUUGACUUGCCUGACUUUUUUCCCCCUGAGUUGUUUUCAGAUCUAACUCUUGCAAUUGUGAACACAGGAAGUUUAGAAAGGGCAACAUUUAAUUGUCCAUCUGAAAGUAUAGGAAUACAUACUCUGGGUAAGGCUUUAUUUUCCAAUGAUCUCAGAAAAUGUGGGUCCUUUUGACCCACUGUUAGACUGAUCUCUUAAUAUUCCCCCCAGAUUGCCUUAGCUCGUCACACCAGCAUUCCCAACCCAGCUCUGCAGAAAUGACGCCUAUUCAGUUGCCUCUGGAUCAAUUUUUUUCUAGUAACACCGAGUAACAUUUCAAAGAGCUUGUGUUCCAUAGGAUCUGCUUUAGGAAAUUCUGGUUUAUGGAAAUAUUACUAUUUUCUCAUUGCUAUGACUCUUAGUAGUUGAAAUACAGUUAGCAAUUUAGAAGUACUAAUCCUUUCAUAGGAGAGGCUGGUGUGUUAAUGAAAGCAGUGUUAACAAAUAGAAUGAUUUAAUAUGACCAACAGCAGCUCCCGUUGAUAGCAGAAGCCCAACAAUCCUCCUUAAAACUCUAAACAUCAGCUCCCUUCUAUUUCUGUGAAUAGUAAGCAAAAGGCUUGCAUAGCUAGGGACUUCUCAAAUUCGUUCCAAAAGCUUUCAGUUGCUUUUUUGAAAUUAUCUUUGCUUUCCAGAUGGAAUCAAAAUAAAUAUUUUUACAUUUUAUCACAAUGUGAGAGUAAAAAAAAUAUUUAAAAUAAUAGAAAAGGGGGAAAUGGCAUAUUUGGUAUUAAUUCAUUUUUAAAAUUCUAAUGAGUUUUUUAAAACAAUGUAUCCAUGGUAUAAUAAUGGAAAUGUAAACUAUUUACACUUCCUCUUUCUUCUCAUUCAUUCUAAAAUCCCUGUCCCAUGUUGUCCCACCUUUCACAUUUUAUGUAUAUAAUUCAGUUUAUCAAGUUAUUUCUUGCCUAAAAUGCAAGGCUUGGCUCUAGCUCCAUAAUUGUUACUCUCAGCCUGGGGAAUAUGUUUGGAAAGCUCUGAGAGAUAAUCCCAAAGCAACAAAUGAAACAAAUCUAGUCGAAAACAUGGUACAAAGUGAAUUUAGGGUAAAGUCAUUAUCUUAAAAUGACAUCCAGUAUUUAGGAAUAUACCCUCCCUCUGGUUGUUAUCCAAAAUCGUAUAAAACAAAGUAAAAUCGCUUAGGCUAGGUGGCAAAUGGCAAAGGGCAAGUGACAGUUGACACUAAGGCUUCCAUGAGAUACAUGAUUCUAAACUUGUUUUCCAAUAUGUACAUUUAUUUGCUAAUUCUUUAUAAUGUUGAUGCUGUGUCCAUUAUUUUUUAUUUUUACCUCUGUUAAGCUGCAAACUGUUUAACCAAGGGUUGACGAUGAUCAUGUUUGUGUGCUUAGUAAUAACCACACCAUCAUUUGUACAAUCACUUCAAUAAAUCCAAGUUGAGGACUUUGAAAA